GUUCUGCCAAGAAGCCGUCGUUUCCUGCUCCAACCUCCCCGUCCCUCUCCGGUACCUUCCCGGCAGCGGGGCCCCCGCUUCCUCCGGGCCCUGGCAGCAGGAAUUGCCCGCCCGGUGCAGCCGCUCUUAUCUCCUGCCCGCAGCCAUCACCUCCCUGCGGCGGGAGGAGCCAGCAGGAGAGCGCUCGGAGCCGGGGUUGUGGAGCCCCCUCCCCAGAGCCGGAGCUGUCCCAGGACCCCCAUCAUGGGCAACUGCAUCCCGGUGAGCCCCAGCCUCCUGGAGAGCAGGAGUUCCCUGCUGGACCUGGUGGAGCUCAUGGGCAACUUCUCCUCCUAUGAUGAUGCUGAUGAUGAUGGCAAUGAGACCUCUCUGGACUACGGGGCCGCGCCGUGCCAUAACCAAUACUGCUCCGUCUUCCAGCGCGUGGCUCCCCCGUUCCUGGCUCUCACCAGCGCCAUGGCUGUGCUGGGCACCGCGGCGCUGCUGUUGGCACUGGCCAAGCGGCCCCAAUGGCCACAGAGCCGGGCGCUGGUGGCACAGUUGGCCAUGGGGACGGGGCUCUUGGCCGCGGUGCUGCCGGCCGUGGCGCUGGGCAUCGGGCAGGGCUGGCGGCUGGGCACGGCGCUGUGCCGGCUCAUGCACCUCCUCUGGUAUUGGAGCCUCUUCGCCCAAGGGCUGCUGGUGGCCUCCGGCUCCUGCGGCCGCUUCUGGUGCCGUUGGGAUGCGCGGAGCCGGCGCUUGGCCGUGGCCGUGUGGGCCCUGGCGCUGCUCUUGGCGACACCAGGGGCUCUCACCAGCGGCACCACGGCGGUGCCGGAGCCAAGCUGCCUCCGGCGCAGCGUGGACCUCGUGUCCCCGGUGAACCUCCUGCACCUCGGCCUCUGCCUCUGCCUCUUCCUGCUGCUGCCGGUGGCAGUGCCCACGGCCGCGCUGGCCGUGCCGCGGUGGAGGGCGCAAUGGGUGCCGGACCUGGCCGCGAGCUGGGUGUUCCUGGCGCUGUGGGUGCCGCACGGUGCGGCGCUGGCCACGGAGCUGCUCCUGCACAGCCGGGUCCUGCCGCAGACCUGCAGCACCUUCCAGCACUUCGACUACGUGCUGGGGCUGAGCGAGGCGCUGGGGCUGCUGCACUGCUGGAUGGGACCCGCCGCGCUGCUGCUGGCUGCCUGGCUCUGCCGCGCCGGCACCGGCCCCUCGCCCCACAGCAUCGCUCCUGCCCCAUAAGCAACGCUCCCCCCAGGCCUCGGGGAGCUGCUGCAUCCCAGCCUUGGUGCCCAUCUCCAUCCCCUUCCCCACUGCUUGGGGAUGGGCACCUCCAUUCGCUCCAUAGGCAUCGCCCUGGGGUGCCUCAAGCAUCUCCCCAAGGCUUCAGGGGCACCCAUGGGGAGGGUUCAAUGCGAAGUGAUGGGGGGGGGGGUGUCCUUCUUUCCUGACAAGUUGGGGUGAGCCCCAUGCUGGGAAUUGCAUCCAAUAUAUACGUGUGCUGGAGGCGCUGCCAAGCUCAGUGAAUGACCGGGGCUGGGGGGCACCGGGGGUGACAUUCGCCUCUGGAAUGCUGAAGGACGGGAAGCAGGAGGCGUGUGCUGCUUAAAGGAGCAGGAAAAGCUCAUCAUGGAGUUCCAUGGCCAUAAUGAAGGUCAUACCCAGCGCUGGCCGGAGCCCAUGCGGAGCAGCCACGUGCGG